AUGAAAAUUCAUCUCUUCUUUUUAUUAUUUCUAGCUGCUUUAACACGUGAAGUAUUAAUUAUUGGUGCAAUUAUUAUAGUAUUCAUCUCAGUUAUACUCAAUGUGUUCUGUUGUAUUCGAUGUGCAUUAAUUCGUCAAUAUUCAAAAUCAAAAGAUCGACCACAUAUGCAACAUUUAUUUUGUAUGGCUGAAGAAAUACGCAAUGCACGUAUUGUGAAACAAAUCAAUGGGAAAGGUUUUAAUUAUCGUGAUAAAGUAGGAUAUGAACAACAACAACAACAACAACAUUUAGGUACAUUACUUCAUGAUGGUCAUAAGAUGAAUAAAAAAGGAAGCAGUCUAUUAUUAAUGAAUAAAAUUCAAUCACAAUCUAAUGGUUAUGAAUCAUAUCAACCAUCUAUUGAUUAUGGAUCAGAAUAUUUAACUGGUUUAAAUUGUCCUGGAUUUUUAUUGAAUGAUAAUCAAUCAUCAAAUGGUUUAUCAAGUGAUAUCCAUUUAAGAUAUUUACCAGAUGGUAAAUCAGGCAAUAGACAAUCUAUAUCGGCAUUCUCUAUUGUACCCGGUCAAUUUCCAAUAUCAUGGACACAUCAUAAUAAUAGUAAUAGUAAUAUUGAAGCUCAUCGUCGAUCCAUAACUAGUAUCCAACGUAAUGGUGGUAAUUCUCUCGCUUCACAUCAUUCAUCUCAACAACAAAUUACCGAAGCUGUUACUAAUUUCUAUUUACAACAUCAACAACAUUUUAAAGAAUUACAAAAUCACUUAAAUAAUACUAAUACGACUAAUACUACUACUAAUAAUAAUAGUAAUAUAGAUACGGUUACAAUGAAUCAACUUGGUUCCGAUGGUAUGAAUUCAUGUUUUGGUAGUAUUGGUCAACCAGAUUCAAGUAUUUUAUCAGAUAUUAACAUCAAUCCAUCAAAUGCAAUGAAUUGUGAAUCACCUAUAAUGAAUAGACAUAAUAAUGAUAAUCAUAUCAUAUUAAACAAUAUAAUGCCCUUAACAAAUUCAUCUAUGAAUCCAUCGAAUUAUAUCAUACCUAUAGAUUCAAUAAAUCCAUUAAUCAAUAAUUAUACUAAUCAAUUAACACCAAAUAUCAAUCGUAUACAACCAAUAGGAUCAUCACAAUCACAAUUAAUUACAUUAAUGAAUAAAUUAAAUUAUACUACUAAUACUACUAAUAAUCAAUCAGUUCAUAAUGAACAAAUUUUAACUCAUUUAUCAACUCUUAGUGAUACAUUAAAUUCACAAUCAGAUAGUGGAGCUGGUUCAGGAAGUGGAAAAAUUUCAAUGGAUUCAUCAGAGAAUAAAAUUAAUUCAUUUUAA